GCCCAACGGUGUGAAACCGAACCCAUGGCGUCGCGCCGCGCCAGUCUCGUCGCGCUCAGUAAUGAGGCCGACUACGUGGCAGCGCUGGCAGCGUACAAUCAGCAGGAAGAGCGCGGGCGCAUGCUGACCGCCGAGGUCGAGAGCUCGCUUGGCUUUGCCAAAGAACUCUGCGUCGAGCGACCGACAUCACGGGAUCGCUUUGUCUCGAGUCUCUUCCUCGGCGUCCUCUAUGACGGCGCCGCGCAGGCCAACGAGAUCGCGUCCUACGUGGGGUGGGGCUACCACGGCAGCAUGCUCCUGUGCACCGUUUCGAGCGGCCUCUCGACGCAGCUGAGCGCCGCCAGCGUCGCAGCGAGCGUGCUGACGUGGCACCACGACGGGAUUUGGGACUGCGGUGUGCUCUCGCGCAAGCGCAGCGUGUACGCCGCCAAGGCCAUGGCAUGCCUCCAGAGCGGACGGCCGCCAAGCUCAGAGGCCGUGCCCGUCGACGACUGCCUCCCUCGCUGCUUGGCGGCGGCGGCCAUGCACGUCAUGCACCCACGCCUCGCGCUGCGUGUGGCCCUCGACGUCUGCCGCGCGACAGAUGCAUCAGUCGAGACGCUCGACGUUGUGCGCUACCUCGUUCUCUUGUAUCUGGGCUUGCUUCAAGGCGCGCCGCGGACCGUGUGCAUGACGCAUCCGUACGUACCAGACGGCGUGGGCUCCGAGUACUGGGUGUCGUCGCCGCUCUGCCCUGCCGUGGACCGAGUGGUGCGGCAACUGCCGCAGACGCUGCCCAUCGAAGUCCACAUGCCUGCCCCGAAUGCGCACAGCAUCACGACGAUGGCGAUCGUGUGGCAUUUGCUGGCGACGACCGACUCGAUUCUCGACGCCACCACAAAUCUCGCGCCGUUCCAGCACCCGAAUACGGCCGUCGCUGCGGUCUACGGGCUCUUGCUCGGCGCGGCGCUGGGGACGUCGGACCCACGCAUCUACGUGCGCGGCACGCUGGUGCUUGAAGAACUCAUUGUGACCACGUUGCAGUACGCAUAUGUGGCCGCCACGUUAAGCCCCGAUGUCACCACCGACGCGUACCGCAAGGUCUGGACGCUGUACGUGUCUACGAUGACGGCCUGCGAGCGCCUUCGAGAGAAAGUGCAGCGCACGCUCGCGGGAACACCUACAUCCAGCAAAACAGAGGUAUUUGCGUCGGUCGCCGCGUUCGAAGACGCCGUGUCGCUCCUCCUGACCGACAUGGACGCACUGCACGCGAGCCUCGCUCCAUCGCCAGUGGUGCUACCCGCGCCGUUGCCCCCGGUGGCGCCAUCCGUGGACGUGGCGGUGAAUCUAGACGCCCCCGUGACGAACGACGCGCUCUCAAAGGCACGUGGUCGCUUGCCGCAGCUUGGUCGACGGCCAUCGUCCCGAGGCGUGUCACCGGUCGCCGCUCGAGGCUCUUCACCUGUCGCUCGAGGCUCAUCUCCCGUCGCUCGAGGUUCGUCGCCUGCUGGACGGAACAAGCCGCGCAAGCCGCGUCAGCGCGUCAAGCCUUUGCAGCUGCUGGAAGAAGAGGCGCUCAAGACCGCUCUGCGCGCCGUCCUUGUCGACCGCUACGCGACCCUCCGCCUCUCGAUCAAGGUGCACGUGCAGCGGGUCGUCGAGGGACCGCUGUUUGCGUCGCUGCUUGCUGAGUUUCGGCGCACAGCGGCUAUUGACGCGUGGGCCACGCGCGUGCAAGCAGCCAAGGCCAUCGCAGCCAACUUGCAGCGGAGUCACGUGAUCGACUCCAAAAUGAUGUCGCAGGUGCGCGCCCACAAGGAGCUGACGCCGGCGCUGCAACACAUCUUCUACGGCGAGCUCGGGCCGCUCAACCGGCUCUUCAUGCUCUUCCUCGACAACUCGGAGACCAUCGAUAGCACGUACUAG